CUUUAAAGGAGUGAUGAGUGAUGUGCAAACUGGUGGAAUGUGAUUAGAUUGCUCACUGGAAUGUCAGCGUCUCUCGACUGUGUAUUGUGCCAACCCUUUUAUGUUUAUAUUGUCUCCUACAGCAACUUAAAAAACAAGGCCGACCACAAAGUUUGGGACUUAUAUCCAGGGCUGAGCGCUUUAGGUCCACAUCUGCACCGAGUGACACUGUGCCAGCGCUACUCUGUGUGUGGGACUUGACUCUCCAACCAACAAGAUGCACAACAGGACCGAGAGGUUUGGAGGUCAGCUACAUCAGCGAGGUCUGUUCAGGAAGGGCACCACCUACCUGGCCAAGAUCGCUGUUGUCCUCCAAGACGCUCCAGGCAAGAUGCUCACUUUUACUCGGUUGAUGGACAGACUGGCACCACUAAUCCUGGAAGACAGAAAAUCUGUUGAGAACAACAUCAGAGUCUGUUUAUCAACCCACACGUGUUUUGUCAAGAUUCCAGUGAUCCCAGAUUCACGGGACAGUAAGAGGAACUACUGGAAACUGGACUCCAGUCAGAUCACAGCAAAGAUGGUGCGUCGUCACUUCAAAGGAAUCCUGCUGCUCUUCCCUGAGUUGGCCUCCAAAGUGGAAACGGAGAACAUGAGCAGACCAUCAGAGCACUGCUCAGCUCCCCGCUCUCCUGAGCCUGCGGCCUGCAAAGCUGUUCAGAUCCGAUGUGAGCUGAAGUUCAGCAGUCCUUUCUCCAUCGAAUCCCUCCUGAAGAGAGACAGUCCCUCAGCUCGGCCCCCCACAGCUUCUCUUCCGUCCAGAGUGCCGGUCAGAGCGGAGCAGCAGCCUUUGCCCACACACAGACAAGUCGGGACAAAGAGGAGCUUCCGCUGGGACUCUGAGGAGCCUCUCCUCCUUCAGGCUUCUCCUGGAAGUUUCCCCAUCCGUUCAACAGGGGGCAGCGCACUCCACCGACUCACUGCUAAUGGCGCUGCUGAGCCCAUUGAGGAGAUGCAUGUGAGCACAGAGCCUUCAUUCCCCAUCUACACAAGAGCUGCUCCUUAUUUCACCAGCCCACAUAGCGGUUACAUCACUUACCCUGUACCAGCAUUUACCCGUGAUGCUCUCUGUUUUCAUUUGUGAAAAUGUUUUUCCUUCUUCCAAGUUGCACUUUUAUAUGUUUUAUGUUUUUGUGCAGAAUAUACCCUUCAGUGAGAUUUUUCUUUUGGAUCAGACACACUUUCAAAUCACACAAGGCCCAUAAAUGGUCUCAUGUGUCUCCUGAGGAUUUCAUUUAUUUGUAGCUGAAUAUCUAGUAGAUGUUCUACUUUAAAGACUUGAAUAAUGUUGUUCAACAGACUAGUUGUGUGUAAUGUGUUUUAUUUAGGAAAUUUUAUACAUUUUUAAAAAUUUUUAUUACGUUUCUUUGUGUUUGAGGUCAGCAUAUGACCACAAGAGGGCAGAAUAGUAUUUCAGAGUUGAACUUGAAAUUCAGUAAUUGUCAACACACUCAAACAAUUAAAGGAGUUUCUUUAACAUC